UACAGCUGUCAUUGCUAAAAAGUGGAAGUCAUUCCCAACAAAGAAAAGAAGAGAAAAGGUUCGAAAUUACUAAAGGAAACAAACAAGACCCAAUACUACACAACCUCUACCAAAAAAAGAUAAUUCACAUACCAUACAAGAAACACGGACACAAUACUUUAUUGAAGCGUUACGAUGUCGGAUCGCAAGGCGGUUAUUAAGAAUGCGGAUAUGAGUGAAGAGAUGCAGCAGGAUGCUGUCGACUGUGCCACCCAAGCAUUGGAGAAAUACAACAUAGAAAAGGACAUUGCGGCAUAUAUCAAAAAGGAGUUCGACAAGAAAUACAAUCCCACCUGGCAUUGUAUUGUCGGACGUAACUUUGGUUCAUAUGUGACGCACGAGACUCGUCACUUUAUCUAUUUCUAUCUGGGACAGGUGGCCAUUUUGCUUUUCAAGAGCGGUUAAGACACAUUCGCAUUCCCCGGCAGCCCGUUGAAAAGAGACAAAACUCAAAACACACACACCCACACAGAGAAAAACACACACACACACAACUCUUGAUUUGAAAUGGCAUUUAAAGUUGUUUUGUAAUUUGAAAAAAAGAGCCACACAUAUAUAUAUAUAUAUAUAUAGAUAGAUA